GCCGGUGGCCACUCCGCCCUUCCGUGAAUCCGUGCAGCAAUCCCGAAUCGAAGGCACUCUUCCCUAGCCUGGUUCAUACACCCCUCUGCUUCUUCUGCCCUGCUUCCAGAUCUCUUCUCUCCGUUCGUCUUUUCUUGAAAAGAUGGCCUCGGUAAGCAAAGCACGAUGCAAGAGGAAGGUGAGCGCAGACGAGGAGAUGGAAAAAGCGUGUGUGCGCUCUGAUGCUUGCAUUCCUUCAUGCAGAAGGAGGAGCCAACUCACAGCACUGCACUCCCCUUUCGGCUGAUGACGGCGGCAGUGCUAUGGGUUCUCUCCUGUGUCCUUGUGCCUGGAGCGGCCAGCACCGCGAGGUCAGCAGCCUUUCUCCAUCCCCGAGGGUAUCACAAGGCGACGCUGGGCAAGUGGCAGAGGGCAACGUCGGCACGUCGGCGCUUGCCUGUGCGUCCUGUUCGCAUUACGAGCCCAAAGGCGACGACGUCAAGCAAGAAGAGAGAAGAGGGUGAGCGAAAGGAGGUUGGGGCGGAGAGGGGCACAGCUGGCGGGUGCCACACGUACGUCUGCAUGCAUUGGAGCCCUGCGUGCGUGCGUGUGUGUGUGUGUGUGUGUGUGCAGCUGAGCGAAGGGAAAUUACCAUUGCAGACUUAUUACGCCUCCAGCAACUCAAAGAUCGGAGACCCCCAGUGGAGGGUGUGCCAUCUAUUAAUCUUGGUCCAAGGGACCCUCCUGUCUUCAUCGGCCGUGACGCGCAGCUGAAGGACGCGAUGCAGAAGGUCAUGCAGUGGUACGAGGCACGGCCUGAGGACUAUGGCGACUCUUUUCGGAUCCCCCCGAUGUCGCUCACUCGAUAUGGUACGCGUUCAAGGCGAGAUGUGGCGAACAUGAAAGUGCACUGCUCCUCUAUUGUGCGUGUGUGCUCGCAUUGCAGUGCGUGGAGGAAAGACGCGCAUGCUGAAGGAGAUCGGGCAAGAGCUGCUCGCCAAGGGGAUCCCUGCCAUCUACGUGACCUUCAACGACAUCACCACCGCCAGUCGCUGGGAGAGAGACAACGAACCGCCACCUUUACAGCGGCUGCUUUCGCGGAUCGGCUGGGCGGUGGCCACCGAUGAGGCGAGGGGGCUUGUGGACAACAAUUUCAACACGUGGACGGCAACGAUGGACGUGUCGGAAGACACAGUGGCGGACUGGUUGGGUCAGCACGGUUGCGUGCUCUUAAUUGACGAGCUGAACAAGCUGAUUACCAACGUCCAAGGAGGCAAGCCUGGGGAGGCCGUGGCUGGCUUUCUCAAGGACAGCUUCAUCGACAGACGGAACCGCUACCUCAUCUUUUCCAGUCAUUCUACCGCUACGGGCAACAAGCUGGCCGUGUUCAUUCAAAGCCCAAGUGAUCGUCACGUCGUUCGGCCUAGCCUGCCAGUGAUCACGACGCCAGACGAGGCCACAUGCAUCAACCAGGCUGCUAGGAAGGGAGCGGUCUGCUAUCUUGGGCUGACACCCGCUCUGGUGCAUGAAGCCUACAACGAGAUGGGCGGCAGUGUUCAUGAUUGCGCCAAGGAUACCUUCAGCCGACUCGCGGCACCACCUCUCGAUACAGCAACGGUGGAAUGCGUCAUUAUGAUGUCCCUCGAGGGGGACAUGCGGUGGGUGGAGGGCCUUGCCGAGUGGUCACAGGCGCUGGAUGCGUUUGUUGGUGGUCCAGUCGGCACGGACAUCUCACACACCUGGCCCCCAUGCUUCCUCGCGGCCGCCUGUGAUCGCCUGUCUCGCGCUACCCGCACGGACAUCACACUCGGUGUUCGUCAGGGAACGGGACUCAUUCGCGAUGGCCUCCGACAGCUGGCUGAGGCGGAUGACCGCUCCGGCAAGCAGUGGGAGGGUGCUUGUCAGGCAGCCAUCAUCCAACGGAUGCUGCAGAGCGACUUGAUGGGUGUCCCGCGGCCUGGUCCGACCCUUUCUGACAAAGCCAGACAGCUGCUGCCCCCUUGCAUUCUUGAUGGUGCGUAAAACAGAUGCACACACGGGCACAAGAGGUCCUCCCGGCUGUUGGCCAAACUUGUUGCCUCUCUGCGUGUGGGUCUGUCAGGACUGUGUUCAUUCGGAGGCACUUUUGAGCCCACUGGUUUCGGAAGGCCUCUCAUUCGGCCGGAUCGCACCGCGGACAUCCCGUAUCUUCGCGAGCUGGUUGAACGGGAGGCGGCACGCAAGGGGCUUCAUCAAGGCCAAACAUCUCUCUUCGUGAGGCCCGCCGUGAGCGACUUCCCCGCGUAUGAUUUCUUUAUCUUCAUCUUGAACAACGGCCGGGUGGAGGAGAUUUGGGGCUACCAGUGCAAGACAGGCAAGGAGAAACCCUCAGAUGAGCAGACGCGCGCCCUGACCGAUGAAGUGGAUGUGUCAGUGUGGCUGAAGGGGGAGGCGGGAUCGAGGCAGACUCGGUCGCAGUAUGGGUACAUCAUCGCGUCUCGAGCAGCCAUUGAAGACUUGUUUGGCUUCAGUCUCAGGCGCACAUGCCCCCUCCGCUGGCUGCUAGACCCGAGGGUGUGGGUUGACUAGCGGUGUCUGUCGGCGUGUAUGUGUUUGUGUGCGUGCGUGUGUGGUGGGUCUGUGCGGCUGUUGGUGCACAUUACGUGGGCAAAUCGAUGGGAUUUCUUUGGCUCGCGGGCACGCUUCAUGUGUCAAGUGAUGGAAAUGGACUUGCAUUUACCAUGUUGCGAGGGCGGAAGCUGCCUUUCUCC